UGACCACGCACCAGGCCGGGAUUGGCAGCUCCGCCCCCAGAAUCCGAUGGCGGCGGCCGCGCGGAGGGAGCCGGCUCAGGGUAUGAACUUUGAGGAUGUGGCCGUUGACUUCUCCCAGGAGGAGUGGAGCCUCCUCGAUGAGGCUCAGAGAUUCCUGUUCUGUGAUGUGAUGCUGGAGAACUUUGAUCUUGUAGCAUCCCUGGGUUGUUGGCAUGGAACAGAAGAUGUGGACGCCCCUUCUGAGCAGAGUGUACCUGUAGAAGGAAAGUCACUGGUCAGGGCUUCUAAGGCAGAUCCAUCCACCAAGAAGACCCACUCCUGUGAGAUGUGUAUCCUAGUCUUGAAAGAUAUUUUGCACCAAGCUGAGCACCAAACAAUAUACCCUUUGCAGAAAUCAUACUUGAGUGGCACAUGGGUGAGAUGCCUCUGUUUCAGUACAAAUCUUCACCAGCAUCAGAAGCAUGGCAGUAGAGAGAAGCCCUGGAAAAGAGAUGUGACCAGGGCGUCGUUUGUGACAAGCUCUAACUUUUAUGUGUUAGGAGAGCCUUUCACCUGUAGGGAGGUUAGGGUGGACUUCCUGGCCACCUCAAGCCCUCUCCAACACCAGGACACUCCCAACAGUGAGGAGCCACACAAUGGCAAUAAGAGUGGGCAGGCCUUUCCCAGUGGAAAAAGUCAUUGGAAGUGGGGUAAAUAUGAGAAAGCUUCCAGCCACAAUGACACACUUGUUCAACACUGGAGAGUUCACACUAGAGAAAGACCCUAUGAGUGUAGUGAAUGUGGCAAAUCUUUUAGCCAAAAAUCUAACCUCCUUAGACAUCAGAGAAUUCACAGUAGAGAAAGAGGUUAUGAGUGCAGUGAAUGUGGGAAGUCCUUCAGACAAAACUCUGGCCUUUCCCAACACCGGAGAAUUCACACUAGAGAAAGACUUUAUGAGUGCAGUGAAUGUGGGAAAUCCUUUACCCGCAAACAUGGCCUUACUCAACACCAGAGAAUUCAUACUGGCAGAAGUCCUUAUGAGUGCAGUGAAUGUGGGAAACCUUUUAGCUACAAAUCGUACCUCAUUCAACAUCAGAGAGUUCAUACUGGAAAAAGACCUUAUGAGUGUAGUGAAUGUGGCAAAUCUUUUAGCCAAAAAUCUAACCUCCUUAGACACCGGAGAGUUCACACUGGAGAGAGGCCUUAUGAAUGUAGUAAUUGUGGGAAAUCCUUUACCCGCAAAUCUGACCUCAUUCAACACCAGAGAAUUCAUACUGGCACAAGUCCUUAUGAAUGCCAUGAAUGUGGAAAAUCCUUUAGACAAUGGUCUGGCCUUGUUCAACACGGGAGAGUUCAUUCUGGGGAAAAGCCCUAUGAGUGCAGUGAAUGCAGGAAAUCGUUUAGAGGACGCUCUGGCCUUAUUCAACACCAGAAAGUUCAUUCUGGAGAAAAGCCUUAUGAGUGUGGGGUGUGUGGGAAGUCCUUUAAACAAAGCUCUAGCCUUUUCCGACACCAGAGAGUUCACACUGGAGAGAGACCUUAUGAGUGCAUUGAAUGUGGGAAAUCUUUUACCCAGAAAUCUUACAUCAUUGAACACCAGAGAGUUCAUACUGGCACAAGACCUUAUGAGUGCAGUGAAUGUGGGAAAUCAUAUAGGCAUCGCUCUGGCCUUAUUCAACACCAGAGAGUUCAUUCUGGAGAAAAGCCUUAUGAGUGUGGGGAAUGUGGGAAGUCCUUUAGACAAAGCUCUACCCUGAAUCAACAUCUGAGAGGUCAUACUGGUGAAAGGUGUUAUGAGUGCAGUGAAUGUUGGAAGCCCUUUACUUACAAAUCUGACCUCGCUGAACACCAGAGAUUUCACACUGGAGAAAGGCCUUAUGAGUAUAGUGAAUGUGGCAAAUCUUUUAGCCAGAAAUCUAACUUCUUUAGACGUCAGUGA